UGACAAUGAGGCUGAUCCUAUACGGCUUCGUUCUCAGCAUUCUAGCGUUGUCUCUCGCGUCCGGUGUCGCUUCGCCAGACCAGCCCGGAAACAGUCGUGUUACCAACGACAGUCUCUGCCGCUGUGAACAGCCGCACGAACACAUUUAUCCCGGGAGAGGUCGCGCUGAGGAGAUUUUGGCGUUCGAUUCGGAGGACCCCACGCAAACGGAGACCUUGCGGGUUGAGAGCGGUGGUGUGACAAUACUACCAACGUACCACCCCGCUUGUUCCUCUCAAACGCUUUUAUCGCACUACUUCGUCCCAAAUAAACUGUUUUCGUGCACUGAUCAAAACGAGAUGGAGCAAACGAAUGGACACUCUCACUUUAGGAAUCUUAGAAAAAGCAUGGGCAAGGGAGGCAGUAGCGGCAAAAGUGGCAGCAAAAGUAGCAAGAGUGGGAAAGGUAGUACUAGUAGCAAAAGUAGCAAGAGUGGCAAAGGUGGAAGCAAGAGCUCGAAAAACAGCAGUAAAUCCAGUAGCGAAUCCGAUGACGAUGGCAAAGGAAAAAGUAUGAAUACCCCCUUUCCUAAGACGCCAUCUCCCAGUGGUACUCCUACCCCAUUUACAACGGCUCCAACAGCCCUCCCAACUUUGGUGGAUGCUAUUAUCCCUUUUACCGAGGCCCCCACCUCCGCGCCAUCGUCGAAAAUGGAGACGCCCUCCGACACUCCGUCAAUGGUGCCAUCUGACAUUCCAUCUGUAAUGCCUUCUACUGAUACUUUGCCGUCGCUGUCACCCCAACCAACGACAUCGGAAACCCCCUCAUUUACCCCUACGGUAUCCCUUAGACCAACACUUAUAUCUGAAAACACCUCAACAUCUCCGUCGGAAAAUCCCUCAUCGCUUCCGUCGCAAUUUCCUUCCUCAUCUCCGUCUACUACUCCCUCGUCCGAGCCUUCAGCAUUUCCAUCACAAAUUCCUUCAUCUUUGCCCUUAAUUUUGGGAACUCAAGAAGAUUCACUAAACUCAGAAGGGAAUGCUACUAAUCUCAAUGCGGUCGCGGUGGAAAGCAUUGAAGUAGCAACCAAUAGUCCGAGUGUUUUGAGCCAGGAACAAGCAUUUUCUUUAUUCUCGGCCCGGACAAGCAAUCAGUGCCAACCCUUUUCGGUUUACGCAAAAUGUGAUCGAUCGAACCCCUUGUCAUUUGCCCGUGCCGCAUCCGUCAGUCAAACGUGCACCGAUUUUAACGUCCCAUCUACCACCGAAGGAGAAGAUAGCAUGAGCGGCAGCUAUGACACCUGGAGCGGAACACUACUCCCACAGCCUAUGGUUUUGCGGCGAGGGGACGUCAUUGUGGGCUAUGCCUCUUUUUUUUCAGAUCCCUCAAGUUGUGCGGUUCAAUUGAGCGAACCGUUUACUCUGGUUAGGAGCGUGUGCCACGUUUCCCCCACCUUCCCUCAAAGCAACGGCGAACUAUCGACAUCGCCUGACGAUUUUCAAAAUGUUGGUUGCGUGACCGCACCAGGUUCUCAAUGUAUUGUGAUGGCGUAUGCUGAAGUGACAAGAAAAGGCUGCAAGCUCAAUAAAUUAUAG